GCGAGAUAAGGAUUGGUGUGGGCCCCCUCACUCCCGUACCUAAUACCCAUUUCUCAUCGUCUCUCCGUCUCUCUCGCUCGCUCUCUCUCUCUAGUCGAAGAAGAAGGAACGCCAUCUCACUCUUCUCCCUGCUCGCUUCAGCCAUGUCUCAGGAGGGAAAAGGUUUGCCACCUCAAAAAGAUGAGAAUUCUGGUGCAGCUGAUAGUAAAAAGCCUUCAGAAUCUACUCCUGUAGAGACACUAUCAGCACAGGGAGGAGCACCCUUUGCCCCUGGAUCUGGAAUGGCUAAUCCUUUUGAUUUCUCAGCCAUGACUGGGCUCCUUAAUGACCCAAGUAUUAAAGAACUAGCCGAACAGAUAGCAAAAGAUCCUUCAUUCACUCAGAUGGCCCAGCAACUUCAAGGUACAUUUCAAGGCGUUGCUGAAGAUGGAAUCCCUCAAUUUGAUCCUCAGGAAUACUACUCCACUAUGCAACAAGUUAUGCAAAAUCCACAGUUUAUGACAAUGGCUGAGCGGCUUGGUAACGCGCUGAUGCAGGAUCCUUCCAUGUCCAGCAUGCUUGAUAGUUUGUCAAAUCCUGCGCAAAAAGACCAACUUGAAGAACGAAUGGCACGUGUCAAAGAGGAUCCAUCUUUGAAACCUAUUCUGGAAGAGAUAGAACGUGGGGGUCCUGCUGCAAUGAUGAGGUACUGGAAUGACAAAGAUGUCCUACAGAAGUUGGGUGAAGCAAUGGGGUUCUCUGUUACUGGAGAGACAAACACAUCUGGUGAAAAUGGUGCAGAAGAAACGGAAGAAGCAGAAGAAGCAAGUGAAGAUGAUUCAAUUAUUCAUAUUUGUGUCGGCAAUGGUGAUGAUGAGGGUUUGAGAAAUGCAAUUGCUGCUGGUGCUGAUAUAGAUGAAGAAGAUUCAGAAGGAAGGACAGCACUUCAUUUUGCUUGUGGAUAUGGGGAGGUGAAGUGUGCUCAAAUUCUUCUUGAAGCUGGGGCGAAGGUUGAUGCUUUGGACAAGAACAAGAACACUGCUCUCCAUUAUGCUGCCGGGUAUGGCAGAAAGGAGUGCGUUUCUCUUCUGCUAGAGAACGGUGCUGCUGUGACUUUUCAAAACAUGGACGGUAAGACGCCGAUAGAGGUGGCGAAACUGAACAACCAGCAAGACGUCUUGAAGCUCCUCGAGAAGGAUGCAUUUCUAUGAGAAGCUGCAAAAGCAUUUCUAGUGCCAAUAUUGCACUGAGCUGUAAUCAAACUAUACUCUCAUGGAAGAAAUGCUUGGCAUAUGAGAUUUAUAUUGUGGUUUGAAAAUUCAUUUCCUUUACUGCCAUUUCUUUAUUUUCCGCUGCAAAUGGUUUAUUUAUCUCUUUGUAUAAUUGAUCAAGAAAGGUGGACAGUUGUAGCAUUAUAAUAAGAUUAGUUUUGCCAAAGAUAAUGCUGCAUGGCCUAUGUCACACAACCAAUAGGAAAUGCAACAUGACUAGGCAUUGUUACUCUUGGAAACAUAGAAAGGCUUUUAAGAACUUUUGGAUUGGGAUAUAUGUUCGAGCUAUUGUAAUGUAAAAUUGGUCAUAAAAGUACUUAUUUAAA